AUGGCUGAGCUCCAUAAGAUCGCCGCUCUCAGUGUCACAGACAUGCCGCUUCACAUCCUCGAUAAGCGCGGCGACCUCUGCCUGCGAGUCGGCAUGGAGGCAAAAUCCAAAACCAGUACGCCAUGUUCCUUCCUCGUCUGCUCCAGGGCGCUUGCUCGUUCGUCACCAGUCUUCGAAACGAUGCUUUACGGCGGCUGGCUCGAGUCACGGCCGGAAGCGAGUGCAGCUACAAGCAACUGGACCGCCGAGCUUCCUGUCGAUGACGCUGGCACCAUAGAGCAGCUGCUCAGCGCCAUGCAUGGCGACUUCAAGUUCUACGGGCCAAUCAACACCAGCAAAUCAGGCGACAUCCGCCGCAUCUUUGAGCUCGUCGUCUGCGCAGAUUAG